GGAUCCAGCCGGGGCGGAGCCGGGAGCCGGGAGCCGCGUCGUGGAGGCCGGGGCGCUCUCAGCGAUGGGCUGGGGGUCUCGGAGAGCUGGAGGGUCGAGGGCGUGGCUGCUGCUGCUGCUACUCUUGAGGCUACCUUUGCCGUUGUGGGGGGUCGAGGCGUUUCAAGGAAACCACCCUGGAAAACCAGUCACCUUGCACUGGGUCCCAGAUGGAAGAAUCAGGCGCCUGGUCACCCUGGAGGAGCCGGUCUCGAAGCUAGACUCGGGGCUGGUGGCCUUGAAGGCUGAAGGGCAGGAGCUCCUGCUGGAGCUGGAGAAGAGUCACAGGCUGCUGGCCCCAGGAUACACAGAAACCCACUAUAGCCCAGAUGGGCACCCAGUGGUGCUGGUCCCCAACCACACGGACCACUGCCUCUACCAUGGGCACGUGAGGGGCUUCCCUGACUCCCGGGUGGUCUUCAGCACCUGCUCCGGGAUGAGGGGCCUGAUCACACUGGACAGGAAUGCCAGUUACUAUGUGCAUCCUUGGUCAGCCAGAGACUCUGAGGCCUUCGUCACUCACAAGAUGUUCCAGAUCGGGCAGCUGCUUGGCUGGAAAGGGGCCUGUGGCCACAGGGAUGCCAGGAACAAAGGGGACAUGGCUAGCCUUUCUCGUGCCACUCAGGUCAAGGAGAGGCGGGAGGUCGGCAGGAGCCCAAAGUUCUUGGAGUUGUACAUUGUGGCUGACCACACACUGUUUUUGACCCAGCACCGGAACCUGAACCACACCAAACAGCGUCUCCUGGAGGUGGCCAACUAUGUGGACCAGAUUCUCAGGACUCUGGACAUUCAGGUGGCCCUGACCGGCCUGGAAGUGUGGACGGAGCAGGAUCAGAGCCGCGUCACGCCAGACGCCAAUGCCACGCUCUGGGCCUUCCUGCACUGGCGCCGAGGGCUGAGGGCACGGCGGCCACACGACUCUGCGCAGCUGCUCACGGGCCGCGCCUUCCAGGGCGCCACCGUGGGCUUGGCGCCCAUCGAGGGCAUGUGUUGCGCGGAGAGCUCCGGAGGCGUGAGCACGGACCACUCGGAGCUUCCCAUUGGCGCAGCAGCCACCAUGGCCCACGAGAUAGGUCACAGCCUUGGCCUCAGCCACGACCCUGACGGCUGCUGUGUGGAGGCGGCGGCCGAGCAAGGCGGCUGUGUCAUGGCCGCGGCCACCGGGCGCCCAUUCCCGCGGGUGUUCAGCGCCUGCAGCCGGCGCCAGCUGCGCGCCUUCUUCCGCAAGGGGGGCGGUGCGUGCCUUUCCAACGCGCCCGACUCGGGGCUCCUCGUGCCCCGGGCGCGCUGCGGGAACGGCCUCGUGGAGGACGGCGAGGAGUGCGACUGCGGCGCCAGCCAGGAGUGCCCGGACGCCUGCUGCUUCGCCCACAACUGCUCGCUGCGCGCGGGGGCCCAGUGCACCCACGGGGACUGCUGCGCUCGCUGCCUGCUGAAGCCGGCCGGCGUGCCGUGCCGCGGAGCUGUGGGUGACUGUGACCUCCCAGAGUUUUGCACGGGCGCCUCCCCUUACUGCCCCCCGGACUUUUACCUCCUGGACGGCUCGCCCUGUGCUGGCGGCCGGGGCUAUUGCUGGAAUGGCGCAUGUCCUACACUGGAGCAGCAGUGCCAGCAGCUCUGGGGGCCUGGCUCCAGCCCAGCACCAGAGGCCUGUUUCCAGAUCGUGAACUCCGCGGGAGACGCCCACGGGAACUGCGGGGAGGACAGCAAGGGUGGCUUUGUGCCUUGUGCGCAGAGGGAUGCUCAGUGCGGGAAGCUGCAGUGCCUCGGUGGGGAGCAGCAGCCACGCCCAUCGCACACUAUGCGGGUGGACUCCACCAUUGGACUAGGCAGCGAUGAGGUGACCUGCAGGGGAGUCUUUGUGAUGCCCGGUGUCCAGCUGGAUGUGCUCGACUUGGGCCUGGUAGAGCCAGGCACCCAGUGUGGACCUAGCAUGGUGUGCCAGGACAGGCGCUGCCGAAACACUACCUUCUGGCAGCUGGAGCAAUGCCUGGCAGCCUGCCAUGGCCGUGGGGUUUGCAACAGUAACCAAAACUGCCACUGUGCUCCAGGGUGGGCUCCGCCCUUCUGCGACAAGCGAGGGUUUGGUGGCAGUGUGGACAGUGGCCCCAUGCAGCCUGAAGACCACAAGGUCUUCCUGCUGGCAGUGAUGCUUAGCUUCUUGUUGCCGUUGCUCCUGGGGGCUGGCCUGGCCUGGUGCUGCUUCCGGUGCCCAGGAUCCCGUCUCCUGCCAUGCCUCUGGGGCUUGAGGAGGGAUGCCCCAAGCCGAGGGCCCAAAGAUGGCCCAAACAGGGACUGCCCCCCCAGCGGUGUUCACUCCAUGGAAUUGGUCCCAGCAGUCAUUGGAGAGCCCCAGCCCUUGGCACCCAGACACCCUGAGGCCCCAGUCCCCACCCUGCCCCAGGGACUCCUGCCAGUGGUCACAAUAUAUGGCCUCCACCCAUUGCUGCAGACCUUGAGAACUCUGCCAGAGCCCAGGAGCCACCUUGAGGAACCUCUGGCUGGGUGCCCUGCGUGCAACCCCAAGCGGUCAAGUCCAGAAGCCGAGAUCCUGUGGCUGGUGAGAAGGAGCUCCUGAGAUGAGGAUACUUACCAUGGACCGCUGGCAGCCUCUCCAGGGACUAGGUCUCUCAGGCGCAGAGCCACAGAGUCAGACCGUCUGCACUUUGGCAGCCUACAAAUUGCUUUCCUAAGUUGAGCUUGCCCACCUACUCCAGGACCCCAGAGCUUUAUCAGAAGGUGUGCAGUGCUGUCCGCAUUCCUUAGGACUAGGGAAUCCUGGUAGGGUACAUACUGCAGCCCCAAAAUCUAUCAGUCCAAGGAGCGAAGGUCAUGUAGUCACUGACCUCCUGUCAGCAGGAGGGCAUGACCCAGCCUCUGUCCAGGGAGCCCCGGGGUCUCUGCUCCAUGUACUUUACCCAGACCCAGGUCUGCAGAGACUGGUGACUGCUGGGCCAGAAGAUAGCCCUCAGGGCCCUACAGUUCAGAUGGAGUCCACUUCCCUGGAGCCUGGCCCCAGCAAACAGACAAAAUGAAACAAAACAAAAAAAUCCUUGGGACCCUCCACCGUUGCUUUUCCUGCCUUAUCUUGUCUCUCAGGCACUUUCUCAGCCUCAUCCCUGUUCUUGGUCCUGCACUUGAGGUUUCAGAGGAGUGUGGGGUCUGCUGUGGACACUACUCACCCUCUCCUCCAGGAGCUGUUUUAAAAACAGUGGGAGCUGGGGCGCCUGGGUGGCUCAGUGGGUUAGGCCGCUGCCUUCG